AUGGCUAAGCCUUUGCAAAAGGAAAGAGAGAAUAGAUCAGCGGAGAAGAAGGAUUACAGCUUCCACCCUUAUAACUUAACACCCGAGAGUGCGCAUACUGCAGUAUUGUUGUUAGAAUCGGCUGAACCUGAAAUACUUUGUCAGACACUUCGGGCUAUAACGAAGUUCGCAGCUCAAGAGAUUCAAAACCGCCAUGUACUGUACAACUUGAAUGCCAUUAAGUUUAUUUUACCGCACAUUGAACAUCCAGAAUUGAAUAUAAAGCGAUUUGCACUCAAAGCUCUUGCACAACUAUGCCAGCUACCGCAAGGCCCCGAGCAAGUACUCGAUAAUCCGCAGAAUCUAAGAAAAAUAGCUUUCAUGCUAGCAAAAAUGGAAGAUGUCUUCGUACUGGAGUUCGCUUCUCUAGUGCUUUCUGAGUUAACAAGAGAGCCGCUUGGCUGUGAACAAUUGGUAUCCGCAAAUAUCCUAAAUAGUCUUUGUUCACGCAUGAAGAAUAGCCUUGAUCCAGAUGUACAGAAGAACUGUUUACAGACGUUGAGCAAUCUUCUAGAAGAUCCAAUAUGCGCUUCGGAAGUGACAAAGAAUCAGCACUUCAGUUGGCCGUCACUGCUGGCGCUUAUGCAAAGCAAGUACUUAGCAAUACAACACGCGGCACUGAAGACUGUGGAUCAACUGAUACGUAGAUACAAGGAUCAAGUAGUACAAAGAACUUUUCGAGCGUCUACCGGAGUAUUAGAUCUUUGUGAUAUUUUAGAAUCAUAUGAAUUCCGCGAUGUUCAUACUCAAGUGCUUGGGGUUUUGAAGAACUACGCUGAAACGGAAGAGAAUGCAACUCAUUUGUACCAGUCAGGUUGCAUCUUGCGUUUGUUGGCUUAUCUCGAGAUGGCUUUGCCAGCGAUGAAACCGCACUGCCUCGCUGUGCUAGCGAAGAUGUCCUUCACUUCUAAUGGAAGAGAUGCUCUCUAUCAAACGGGAACAGACUUGGUAUUCUGCCAUCAACUGCUUAGUUCUAAUGUUGAACUUUUGGCUGAUGCGGCUAUGGGGGUAGCGAAUAUGACGAAGCUGUUACCGGCCGCAGUACGAAUGUCUGACACAAAUAUUAUUGAAGCUCUUUGUGCCAUCUUGAGUGACGAUGCUGCAGUAUGGUUUUAUAUAAGAAUGAAUGCACUUCGAGCUUUGGGUGAACUUUGUCGGAUUAUACCAAAAGCUGCGUUCAGUGUCAUCGAGCCAAAAACUUUUGCGUCUUUACGCAAUAUAAAUAAAAAGUUUAAAGAUACCCCCAUUGAAGCGCAACGUCUAGCAGUUCAGAGCUAUAUAAAUCUCCUGAAUUAUCACGUGAGCACUUCCGCGAUGCUCAACGCUGAGUUCAUGGAGGAGUUGGUAAACAUUUUACAGCGUAUCGACAUCAAAUUGAAGAUAAUGGCUUGUACUGUUUUAAGUGGGCUUAUGAGAGAUGAAAUUGCGAGAGAUUUGUUUACGUCUAAACGAGGUGAAGAGGUGGUGUCAAACAAUCUCAGAAUAGAACAUGUAGGCUUUCGUACGGCCCUUUGUAUCCUCAUCUCGACGAGCGUCACGGAUGAAGGGGCUGAUGUCUACCUUCAGUUGGGGACUGUACAUUAUAUGGUAGAAAACAAGCAAGCGAGAUACGUCGUCAGUGCCUGGGAAGCUGCCUUAGAAACAAUUUUCCAACACCACCCGUCUGCUAAAUUUGCGUAUACUGGCCGGCUGGAUAUUAACGACUUUACCAAGGAUGGAUUCUACGUCCAGAAACAUUUGGAUAAAACGUUUCCUACAAUUCAAAGCCUUAUAAGCACUCCACCUCCUCACCGCGACCCAAUGUUCAUCUGUUCGUUCCAACAGCCUUAUGAUCCGUCCGUGAUAGAUGGCAGAUCACAGUCGAAGAUGACCUUUCCACCAUCAAGUCGAUUACACUUUCCAUUAAUGCCCGAUGAUUCUAAUAUCCGAAAUUAUCUUCUGCGUUUGAAGAUUUGGUUUGGCGAUCCCGCCAAAUCGUUGCAUUACUUUGAAAUAGAAGAUGCACACUACGAAGUAAGGUAUCGGGAUAAAUGUGAAGAAGUGUCUUCGUCAUUGAAGCAUAGAGCUCAAUUGCUAGGAGAAUUUGUGGCUCAACAAAUGAGCGGAUUGACGCAGGAACGUGAUUGUUCCAUGCCCAGCGUCAGUUUGCAUUUAGUGGAUUUAAUGAAAGAGCUAAGUUCGUGCGUGAUUCCUAUUGGCUACGUGCACUGUGGAGGGCGGUUGGAACGUGCGUUGCUGUACAAGGUGUUAGCGGACCGAGUGGGCAUUCCUUGUGCAGUGUACCGAACGUGUAGUGCGCACGCGUGGGUCGAAGUCGCUGUACCCGAGUUGGAUCCCAAUGAAGAACACGAGGUUCCUGAAAACUACCCUGCAGGACUUUUAAGAGCUAACUAUGUAGUAGAUCUCAUGGAUGAACCUGGAAAACUUCUACCGCGCAAGUCUAUUGAAGCGAGACGUGUGUGCGGUGGGGAGUGUUUGCCGUACACUGCGCGGCAACAAAGCACGCAGUGUAAUUGUUGUGUUGAAAAACAGAAAUGUAAUUAAAGUAUUCUUUUAUAA